GCUACUAUUCACUGCCACGUCAUCUCUUCUGCCUCUUCAAUAAAAUACAGAUUCCCCUGUUUUUUUUCCAGUAAUCUUUACCAAAUUAUUCUCCUGUCUGAUAAUUAUUACAACAAUGGCCAAUUCAUCAUCAUCAUCAUCAUCUUCAAUUUCCAUCUCAAAUAUUCAACUCCAAAACAUAACUCACAUAACAGAUUACAUCUCCAAUAUCCAAACACACCUUAAUCCACUAGACCAACACUCAUAUUUCCGUACACUUAACGGUUUUUACCUAACUCAAACCGACAUAAUUCUACGUAACAACGUUCUUGAUCUUUCUGGUACAUUCACUUCAUCAACACCACCAUUAGCUUACAUACGUGCUGGACCCCGUAACAAGAUUUUCUUUAAUCCUAGUGAUGUUAAAGCUGCUAUUGUUACAUGUGGUGGUUUAUGUCCUGGAAUGAAUACUGUUAUAGGGGAAUUAGUUGUUGGAUUAUGGGAAUUAUAUGGUGUUAGAGAGAUUUUUGGUAUUAAAGCUGGUUUUCGAGGUUUUUAUGCGUAUGAUCCUGUUAAGUUGAACCCAAAAAUGGUUGAUGAUUGGCAUAAAAGAGGUGGUACUGUUCUUGAGACAUCGAGAGGUGGAUUUGAUUUGAAUAAGAUUGUUAAUGCUAUUCAAGAUCAUGGGUUUAACCACCUUUACAUCAUAGGAGGAGACGGUUCAAUGCGCGGGGCAGUGAAGAUAUUCGAGGAAUUAAAACAACGAAAACUGUAUAUCUCAAUGGCCGGAAUCCCCAAGACAGUCGACAAUGAUGUUGGCAUUAUCGACCGAUCAUUUGGAUUCCAAACUGCAGUGGAGAUGGCACAACAAGCAAUUAAUGCCGCUCAUGUAGAAGCAGUGAGUGCAGUAAAUGGCAUUGGGCUGGUGAAACUUAUGGGUCGAAGUACCGGUCAUAUUGCACUACAUGCAACUUUAAGUAGCCGUGAUGUUGAUUGUUGUUUGAUUCCCGAGAUCGACUUCUACUUGGAAGGUAAGGGAGGGCUCUUCGAAUUCCUUGAAGAUCGACUGAAGAAGAGGGGGCACGCGGUGUUGGUGGUAGCGGAGGGUGCUGGACAAGAUAUGAUUCCGAGAACAGAAUCACAGAAAACAGAGAAGGACGAGUCGGGCAACCCUGUUUUCUUGGACGUCGGAGGGUGGUUGAAGUCGGAACUCAAGAAUUGGUGGAACAGGGAUCACCCGAACGAGUUGUUCACAAUAAAGUACAUAGAUCCUACAUAUAUGAUACGCGCGGUUCCUGCAAACGCAACAGAUAAUGCGUACUGCACUUUGUUGGCGCACUCGGCCAUUCACGGAGUUAUGGCAGGGUACACUGGAUUUGUUUGUGGACCGGUAAGUGGAAACUAUGCGUAUAUUCCAGUAGAUGAAAUUGCCCAGGCAAAGAACAAAGUUGAUACUAGAGAUCAUAAAUGGUCUUGGGUUAGAUCUGUUAGCAAUCAGCCUGAUUUCAUCAAAAGUUGAAGCUUUUUGAAAGGCUUCGGUUGUGGCUCUUAACACUUGGACAAUGUCCAGUGUUUUAAUGAUCUAUUUUGGCACUCUUUUUGUCCACCGUGAGAACGGUGGUGUCCGGUCAAGUUGGCGCGCAUUUAGUCUAUUUCAUUGAAUAUAUGUUGGCUUUCAUGAGGCGUCGUAUCAAGUAUCCAGUUACUAUGUAUACCGCGUGUUAGGUGUCGCGGUAUCCAACGUUUCACGCCUUUCGUCCCUGUUUCUUUGUAUAUAUGUAACUUAAAAAUAAACAAGGUGCAUUAGUGUAAUAAUGUAAUGAUAAUAGUCUCGUGAUAAGUAAUCAAGCAAGGAAGCCAUCAUUUAUGAGUU